AGUUAAGUCAAACUUAUCUGAAUUAGUAGCAAAAUGCCUGUUAUAAUUUCUCACUCAUGGAGGUAUGUUGUGUUGGUCGAUCCAUUGUCAUGAUGCAGAUCAUGUAUAUUCUUAAGCAUUUAUGGUCUGACAGUUCUGCCUUUUCUUUGGUAGCCUUACAUUCUAAUUUAACAGUUCAUUGAAUUCUGUCUUUCCCAUAAGAGUCAUGCUGGGAGAUGUAUGCACACUUUUUUUCAGGUGUGAUGAAGGUUUUUUGAGCCAAAUUUCUUUUUCUGGUUACAUACUUGCAUUGAAGGCCAUGCAUCUGUAAUGGUGUCUCUGAGGGCAUAAUUUGUCUUGUACAAUCUUCAUUAUAGGUGGUGAUGCAUGAGAAGACGCAACCUGCCCUGAUUUUUUAGAGCUCAGGUUGUAUGUCUUACCUACUAAGAGCCUCAUACCCCAAGAGAAAUCAAUGAAUCCCCUGCAGUGGUGUAGACACUUUUUGGAUCAUCCAACUCCUGAGAUAGAAGCUGCAAAACGUUCCCUGUGCUUUAGACUGGAACAAGCUAGCCGAUGGCGGAAUCUCUUCUCUACGCCUGUCUCCUUGGCUUUCCCUUAUAGUCCUGUUGCAAGACUGUCCCCAUAUAGCAAUGGCUUUAAUAGUCCCAACUUCUCUAAAACCUCGAAUAAAGCAAUACUAACACCUGAAAGGACAGGUUAUACUUCCAGAAGUUCCCCUCUCAGCCCUCAGUCAUCAAUAGACAGUGAACUGAGCACUUCGGAACUUGAGGAUGAUUCUAUCUCCAUGGGAUACAAACUACAGGACCUCACUGAUGUUCAGAUCAUGGCUCGACUGCAGGAAGAAAGUCUCAGACAAGAUUAUGCUUCUACUUCAGCCUCUGUGUCAAGACACAGUUCAAGUCUAUCUCUACAUUCAGGAAAGAAAGGGACAUGCAGUGAUCAGGAGUAUGAUCGCUACAGUCUUGAGGACGAAGAAGAGUUUGACCACUUGCCCCCUCCACAGCCUCGACUUACUCGUUGUUCACCAUUCCAAAGAGGAAUUCCACACUCACAGACUUUUUCUAGUAUUCGGGAGUGCAGAAGAAGCCCCACUUCACAGCAUUUCCCUUCAAAUAAUUAUCAGCAGCAGUACUAUUCUCCUCAAGCCCAAACGCCAGAGCAGCAACCAAAUAGGAUGAAUGGAGAUAAACUCCGAAGAAGCAUGCCUAACCUAGCUCGGAUGCCAAGUACUCCUACCAUUAAUAGCAAUGCAAGUUCUCCAGUCACUGUGAGGAAUAGUCAGAGCUUCGAUUCCAAUCUACAUGGAGCUGGUAACGGGAUUUCAAGAAUGCAAUCUUGUAUUCCAUCUCCAGGACAACUGCAGCAUAGAGUUCACAGUGUGGGACAUUUUCCAGUGUCUGUCAGACAGCCUCUGAAAGCUACAGCGUAUGUAAGCCCAACUGUGCAGGGCAGCAGUAAUAUUCCUGUGUCCAGUAGCUUGCAGUUGCAUUCUAACACUGGAAUCCCAAUGCCAAACAAGACUGCCAAUGCAGGGAUUGUUGGACGCAGUGCUCUUCCAAGACCGUCGUUGGCCAUAAGUGGCAGUAGCAUACCCAGGAGUAAAAUUGCACAGCCCGUUCGAAGUUUUCUUCAGCCUCCAAAGCCACUUUCUUCACUUAGUACUCUACGAGAUGGGAGUUGGAGAGAUGGCUGCUACUGAUGUUGAAUACCCCUGAACAACAGAAAAUAAAUGAUGCAGAUUUGAUUUACCCAGCUGGCUGGGUAACUCUGUU